AUACCCAACCUGUUAUAAGUAAACAGAUGAUUGUCUUGAAUUUUAUAUAAAUAUAGUGAGAGGAUCAUUGAUUCUUCAGACUUCAACUAUAGUUCUCUAAGAGUGUUUCUGAAGUUAUCUAUAUUCAAUAAAAGUUCAACAAUGGCUCUUUUCAACAAGGCAACCGUCAUCCUUCUAAUAGUUGCUUUCGCAAUGGUGAUCAGCACCACUGAGGCAUCAGUCCGCGUAGGACCAUGUGACCAGAGUGUUUCUGAAGUUAUCUAUAUUCAAUAAAAGUUCAACAAUGGCUCUUUUCAACAAGGCAACCGUCAUCCUUCUAAUAGUUGCUUUCGCAAUGGUGAUCAGCACCACUGAGGCAUCAGUCCGCGUAGGACCAUGUGACCAGGCAACCUUCAUCCUUCUGAUCGUUGCUUUCGCAAUGGUCAUCAGCACCACUGAGGCAUCAGUCCGCGUUGGACCAUGUGACCAGGUCUGCAGCAGGAUCAACCCCGAAAAAGACGAAUGUUGCAGAGCUCACGGAUACUCAUCUCACGCUCAUUGUAGAGGCGGAAUGCAUUGUAACUAG